AUGGAGGUUGCUUCUGUUGCUGCGCUCCCUAGCGAGCUGCGUUAUGUUCAGUACGAACAUGCCCUUGAGGAGCAGUAUCUACCGGCCAUUCGAGCCCUGAUCUCCAAGGAUUUGAGCGAACCCUACAGUAUCUACGUCUACCGUUAUUUCUUGUACCAAUGGGCUCACUUAUGCUUUAUGGCGCUCAAUCCUAAUGACAACUCACUUGUCGGUGUUGUUAUCUGCAAACUCGAGCAUCACGCAUCACACUCACCACCCACCUACCGCGGAUACAUUGCCAUGUUGGCAGUCGCUUCUGCAUAUCGCGGGCACGGCAUAGCUACAGCACUGGUGAAACGAGCUAUUGACACCAUGGCCGAACGAAAUGCCGAUGAAAUCGUACUUGAGACGGAAGAGACGAAUAAACCUGCCAUGCGACUCUACGAGCGCCUGGGGUUUUUGAGGUCCAAGAAAUUACACAGAUACUAUCUGAAUGGCAAUAGCGCAUACAGACUCGUCCUGCUGCUCAAGUCACAGAUGCCGGCACCGGUCCCAGAAGAACGCUCAAACCCAUGUUAG